AUGGCAGAUAAAAACGACUAUGCCGCGACCGCAUACCGGGCACCAGCCAAGGAUGCAGAAAGCAACAGCUCGCGUUCGGGACGUGCGACAAAUCGCGGCGACGAUGAGUCUGGAGUGCAAGAUCCAUUCGCAGAGCCGUUGAAGCGGCAGCUCAAGUCGAGGCAUCUGCAAAUGAUUGCCAUUGGAGGAAUUAUCGGCCCUGGACUGUUAGUCAGCUCAGGAAAUGCAUUGCAUGAGGGUGGUCCAGCAGGUGCCCUGAUCAGUUUCUCUCUGGUCGGAAUUAUCGUAUUCUUCGUGAUGCAAUCCUUGGGCGAAAUGGCGACUGUCAUUCCUGUGACUGGAUCAUUUACUGAAUAUGCGGAGCGAUUCAUCGAUGACUCGAUUGCGUUUGCGCUGGGUUGGGCAUAUUGGUAUCUUUGGGUUACGGUCCUCGCGAAUGAAUACAACUCAAUAUCCCUCGUUAUUGGCUACUGGACUGAAGCAGUACCGCAAUGGGGCUGGAUCCUCAUUUUUUGGUUCCUCUUCCUCGGCCUGUCCAAUCUCGGAAUCCUAGCUUAUGGAGAGAUGGAAUUCUGGCUUUCCCUAAUCAAGGUUAUAGCUCUCGUUGUGUUCUUCAUUCUUGCUAUCUGCAUAAGUUCUGGAGGUAUUGGCCCUGAGAAAAUCGGGUUCAGGUACUGGCAUGACCCAGGAGCCUUCGCAGAUUCAAUCAAUGGAGUCGCCAAGACAUUUGUCGUGGCAGGAACAUUAUAUGCAGGCACGGAGAUGGUUGGAAUCACAGCUGGAGAAUCGAAGAAUCCGCAAGAGGCGGUUCCGCGUGCUAUCAAACAGGUCUUUUGGCGCAUUCUUAUCUUCUAUAUUGGUACCAUCUUCUUCAUUGGGAUCUUAAUUCCAUCCAACGACCACAGACUGCUGGGAUCGACUUCCAAAACUGCCAGCUCCCCUCUGACAAUCGCCUUGCAAGAUGCUGGAAUCCUCCCCGCGGCCCAUCUGAUCAACGCUCUGAUUGUUAUUAGCGUCAUUUCCGCAGGAAACAGUUCACUAUAUGUGGCAUCUCGAACACUCCUGUUUAUGUCACGCAAUGGCAAAGCUCCAAAAUUCAUUGGGCGAGCCAACCGAGCCGGCGUGCCUUGGGUCGGUCUUAUUUUCACUAACGUCUUCGCUUGCAUUGUGUUCCUGGGACAGUCAUCUAGCGCUGGCAAGGUUUACUCUGCUUUGAUAACAUUGUCGGGUGUGGCUACAUUUAUCGUCUGGGCCGUUAUUGGCGUCUGCCACAUUCGGUUCCGUCGUGCAUUAGUUGCCCAGGGACAAGACCCAGCCGCGUUACCUUACCGGGCUGCACUAUAUCCUUACGGGACUUAUUUUUCCUUGGCUGCAAACGUCUUCCUAGUCUUCUUCCAGGGAUACACGUGCUUCUUGAACCCGUUCAGUUCCACCGAUUUUGUGAUCAACUACAUCUUGCUACCAGUGUUUGUUCUCUUUGUGGUUGUUUACAAAUUCUGGCACAAGACUCAGUGGGUCAAAUUGGAGGAAAUGGAUAUUUGGACCGGCAGAAGAGAAUUUGCUGAAGAAGACAAUCAGCCAAAGAAGCCUCGGCAGUGGUGGUCUCGCAUUAGCGAUAUUGUUGUGGGGUAA